CCUCCUGCGUCUCCCGCACUGCGCGGCGGCGCUUCCACACGGCUCGGCUCUCGCGAUGGCGUCUCCGCUGUCAGCUCUGCUGCUCCUCGCCCUGCUGGCUCUCCCGGCCGCUCGCGACGCCGCGCAGGACCGCGUCGACGACGGUGGCGGCUACGAGGAUGAAGAGGGGGAGGCGGUGGAGGAGGGAGAGGGCGUACUCCCCAGUCCGGGCCAGCGCCAGGGCUCGUGUCCGUCCAGCUGCACUUGCUCGCCCGACGGCGCCGUGGAGUGUGCGGGCGCCGGGCUUGACUCCUUCCCCGCCUCGCUGCCUGCAGACACCCAGCUGCUGUCCUUGCAGAACAAUCAAAUCGAGGUGGUUCCGAUUGCAGCUUUAAAGAGAGUUCCACUGCUCCGCACCUUGAACCUUCAAAACAACCUCAUCACGUCUGCAGGCCUCCCGGCCGACGGCUUCAUGGUCUUGAAGGAGCUACAGUACCUCUACCUGGCCAACAACAAGCUCACCCAGACCCCCGGAUCCCUCCCGGCCUCCCUCGUCAGUGCGGAUUUGGCCGCAAAUUUUCUCACCGCGAUCUCGCCCGGGACCUUCGGUGGCAAACCCGACCUGCGCUCCGUUUACCUGCACAAUAACCGCCUGACGAACGCGGGGAUCCCGCGGGACGCGUUCCUCGGCUCUGACGCCGUGGAGACUCUGAUCCUGUCGAGCAACAGCCUCACCCGGGCCCCUCUCGGCCUCCCGCCGGCCCUGCAGAGACUGCACCUGCGGAAUAACAAGCUCCAUUCGCUCUCGGGGGGAGCGUUCGAUCAGCUGAGAGACCUGAGAGAGCUCUACCUGCAGCACAACCAGCUCAAUGACCGCAGCGUCGACGCAAAGACAUUCACUCACUCUCGGCGCCUCGAGUACCUGGACCUGUCGAGUAACAACCUGACGCUGGUGCCGCGCGGGCUGCCGGCCCGGCUCGUCAUCCUCCACCUGGAGCGCAACGCCAUCGCGGCGCUCGACUCGCAGGGCCUGGGCCGCCUGCGCUCCCUCGAGUACCUGCUGGUGCACUCGAACCGCGUGCGUGCUCACGCUGUGGGCGCCGCCGCCUUCCGCAACCUGCGCCGCCUGCACACGCUGCACCUCUACAGCAACGAGCUGAACCGCGUGCCCCGCAGCCUCCCGGCGCACAUCAAGGUGCUGAUGCUGCUCCACAACACCAUUCACGAGAUCCGCGCGCAGGAUUUCGCUGCCACCCCCGAGCUGGCCGAGUUGAACCUGAGCUUCAACCGCCUGAGCACCAAGAGGCUGCACCCGCGAGCCUUCACGCGCCUGUCCAAGCUCGCCUCGCUCGACCUCACGGGCAAUCAGCUGACGCACGUGCCCGUCGGGCUGCCCGCCAGCCUGGAGGUUCUGCGGAUCCAGCAAAACCACGUGGCGGUGCUGGGGAAUGGGGCCCUGUCGGGGCUACCCGCACUGCGGGAGCUGAUGCUCAGUGACAACGCCCUGGCGAGCAAAACCAUCGCGCCAAACAUUUGGGCGCAGCUCCCCAGCCUCACGACGCUGGACCUGUCCAGCAACGCCUUGACCGUGGUGCCCUCGUCUCUGCCCGCGUCGCUCGAGUACCUCUACCUGCAGAACAACCGCAUCAACAGCAUCCCCGAGGGCGCCUUCAGCACCACCCCCAACAUCAAGGGCAUCUUCCUACGCUACAAUCGCUUGCCUCCACACGUCAAGGACAUGUUCAUGGGUCUCGAGGAGCUCCAGGUGCUCGACCUGACCGGGAACUUUGACGGAACUCCGGAGCCCGGUGCCGACGAUGGCGAAGGUGGCGAUGGUGAAGGUGGCGAUGGCGAUGAAGAGGAGGGGAUGGGGAACCCGCAAAAGGAACUCCCUCAGAGACGACGGGCGGUAGAGAGAGGGACAAGCGUGCCUCGGCCACAGAAGACUUGAUGCCCAAGUUUUCCCGGAAACGCCCCGUUUCACUUUUCUGACAGACAUAACCUCUACAAAGCUUUCUUCGUCUCGAACCCCCCCCCCCCCCCCCCCCCCCCCCC